AUGAGCUCCGAAAAAGUAGCCUAUGUCAUUGACGUAGACAGUGGAAACUUACAAUCAUUGCAAAAUGCUAUCGAGCACAUCGGCUACCAAGUGAAAUAUCUCACCAAUGGUGAAGAAUUGAUGGAUCUUAUCGACAACAAUAACGAUCCAAACACCAAAUUGAUUUUGCCAGGGGUUGGGAACUACGGUCACUUUGUUAAGCAGGUAAAUGAAAAGGGAUUGAGAGAACCAAUACUAAAAUAUAUCGCUUCUGGUAAACCAUUGUUCGGGAUCUGCGUAGGUUUACAGACGUUACUUGAAAGUAGUACCGAAGAUAAUAACGUUUCUGAAGGUUUGGGGUACGUUGAAGGGCUUUCAUUGACUAAAUUCAAGAACUCGACGAAAUCUGUACCACACAUUGGUUGGAAUAAUACUGCAGGGUUAUACAUUCAGGGCAUAGCCAAGAAUGAAGCCAGUGAAUAUGAAUUAUACGGCUUGAACGCCAAUCAAAGGUACUAUUUUGUCCAUUCGUAUGCUGCCAUCAUUGACGAUGAAAAAAUCGAAAAGCUUCUAUCUCAAGGUUUCAAUUUAUCUAUUGGGAAAUAUGGUGAUGAAAAAUUUGUGGCGGCUAUUAGCAAAGAUAAUGUCUUUGCAACACAAUUCCAUCCUGAAAAAUCGGGUAAAGCUGGUAUUAAGAUAAUCAAACUGUUCUUGAACGGGGAAAAAUUGACUAAACUUGAUGCUAAACCAUCAGAAGCUCCUGUCAAAAAGAAUAUUAGCGGGUUAACCCACAGAAUUAUUGCCUGUCUUGAUGUACGUACUAAUGACGAUGGUGACUUGGUGGUUACUAAAGGUGAUCAAUAUGAUGUCCGUGAGAAAUCAACUGAUGGUAAAUCAGAUGUCAGAAACUUGGGUAAACCGGUCGAGUUAGCUGAAAACUAUUAUAAGCAAGGUGCCGAUGAAGUGACGUUUUUGAAUAUCACAUCAUUCAAGAACUGUCCUUUGCAAGACUUGCCUAUGUUGGAAGUGUUGAAGCAGAGUAGUAAGACCGUCUUUGUUCCUUUAACUGUUGGGGGUGGUAUCCGGGACUUCAAGCAACCUGACGGGGAGGUUGUGUCGGCUUUGAAAGUUGCUGAAAUGUACUUCAAGUCCGGUGCCGAUAAGGUCAGUAUUGGAUCUGAUGCUGUUUAUACCGCUGAACAGUAUUACGAUGACAAUGAAGUUCCAAGUGGGAAAUCUCCAAUUGAAAUGAUUUCAAAAAGUUACGGGAACCAAGCAGUGGUGAUUUCGGUAGACCCAAAAAGAAGUUACGUUGCCGAUCCAAAAUCGAUGCCAUUUAAGUGCUUUAAGACUAAAUACCCUGGUCCAAAAGGUGAAGAAUACUGUUAUUACCAAGUGAGUGUUAAAGGCGGUAGAGAGUUCUCGAAAAAAGUUGGUGCCUUUGAAUUGGUCACCUGUUGCGAAAAAUUGGGAGCUGGGGAAAUUUUGCUCAAUUGUAUUGACAAAGAUGGUGCUAAGAACGGUUAUGAUUUAGAAUUAGUUGAUUUCAUCAAGAAAUCAGUGAAUAUCCCUGUUAUUGCCAGUUCUGGGGCCGGUAAGCCUGAACAUUUCUUGGAAGUCUUCAGAGAAACUGGUGUCGAUGCUGCUUUGGGGGCAGGAAUGUUCCACAGAGAAGAAUACAAAGUUAUGGACGUGAAAAACUAUCUUGAUAACAGCGGGUACGCCGUGAGGUUUGACAUUGAUGGUUAA